AAGGUGGCGCGAAGGGAUGUGACGAUUUUAUUAAUAUCAAAGUAAUUAAUUUAUUUGCAUAUCAAAUACAGAGGAACAGACUGGUCCUGGAUGUGGAAAUAUGUAAGACACUAGUUAAAAGCUUAAUUUUUCAUUGAUAAAAAGAUCAGAACUGAGCAUUUGCAGUUGACUGAAUCGAACCUCAGAUGGGGGGAAAAUAGUGAUUAAUAGGGCAUACCGGGUGAGUGUAACACAUGCAGUGACUGCAUUUUAUGAAGAUCGGUUCCCGAACCUACGGCUGAUUACAUAUUAAUCCUAAAAUGGAGUUCGGAGAAAGGAAGCGAAGAAGGAAGUCACAAAGCUUUAAAGUGGUCACGGAUGAAGAUGUUGACCAACCUUUGGUCAAUUCCAGUUGCACAGAUGCCAACGAAGAGUCUAAAGAUUGUCCUGUUGAUGAAGCUGAGGACGAAGAGGAACCGGGCACAGAGAUCAAGAGACAAAUCACAGGGAUGAUGAGACUUCUGAGUGAUAAAACCAGCAGGGUGUAUCAACGUACUGGGGCAAAAGGAGAUGACCUGAAAAAGGAUCCCCAGGACUAUGGACCGAGCUGGGUACAACCGCCUGCCACCUUGCCCCAUCUCCCAGAGAACCAUAACUGGACCCAUGCAGCCGAACCAGAGCCCUCAUCUUCCUGCCCUAUCCCCAUAGCCAAUGGGCAAAGAUAUACCCACGAAACCACCUGCUCCACAGCACCCAGGAUCAGAAACCAGCCAAAGGAUGAAGCUAAUGAUAAAGCUCCUCCCUCCUCACCUGAAGGCCCGUGCUGCAUGCACAGCUGUCAGGGCACACUGCAGGCCAUUCUGCAGGAGCUACGGUCAAUGAGGAGGCUAAUGCAGACUCAGCAAGCAUCGUUGGUGAAGCAGGACCAGACGGCGUCACCACAACCCACGUACCUCGUCCCCGGCCCGGCACCUCUUCACAGGGCCCGAAAGAGGAGGCCUGUCUUCAAAAUGACCCCACUGAAUGUUUCAGGUCGAAGAGCUUCUGUUUCCACUCCUGGAUCCCCCUCCUGUGUGUCCCUGAUGCCCCCGAUCACAUCCCUGCAAUCCAGAGACUGCGACGGCUUCAAGAAAGGGAGUUCUGGUCACACAGAGGAGAUCGAACUGGCAGUGCAGAACAUUUCAAUGGCCGCCAACAACCAACACACUCCUCUCUUAAGUGAGGCCGGUGAACCUCAACCCAAAGAGUAUGAUCCGUCUGCUUUCUCCUUGGAGCCUGCUGUGCGUCUUGCAGAGGAAUAUGAUGUAUUUAUUCCCAAAGCUCAGCUAGACUCCAUCCUGCUUAACUACACUCGCUCUGGCAGCCUGCUGUUUCGGAAACUGGUGUGUGCUUUCUUCGAUGAUAGCACUUUAGCUAACUCCUUACCUAAUGGCAAGAGAAAGAGAGGACUCAACGACAACCGCAAGGGUCUCGACCAAAACAUUGUGGGAGCAAUUAAAGGGUUUACAGAGAAGUACUGCAAAACAUAUAGGAUAGAGAAGCUCCCCGGACCUCGAGACUGGGUCCAGAUCCUCCAAGAUCAGAUCAAACUUGCCAGGAGGAGGCUGAAAAGAGAUGCAGAAGAUGUCUCCAGUAAAGCCUCCUCAAGUAGAGCCUGCAUAUGAACAGUAGCACAUGGCAUGACACUGCCCUUUGCAUUACAGUUUUGUAUUUUGUAUGUUGUUUCUGUGUAUCACUGGCACAGACAAAAUCCUUGUAUUUUAAAUCCUACCCGACAAUGAUACAUACUCAGAUUCUGAUGAUUCCAUAAGUGAUAUUCAGUGGAAUUUAUUCAGACUAUCUACGCUGGGGCACACCAUAUUGUUAUCACAGGAAGUUCCUCUUCUAUCCAUUUUCCAUUUCAUGAGUGUAUCACGUGCAUGUAUUCAGUGCCACGUUACCUCCCUGACAUUUAAAAUUCUCAAGCAGUGUUCCAAAAUGUCAGCUUAUUACCCCCCCACCAUGCAGCAACCCCUUUGUAUCAUCUCUGCUGAUAAUACCCAGCUGUGACUGCCACUACAGCCGGAUAACAAUGCUCCCUGAAACCCCUGUUUGACUGUCUUGUAGAAUCGGAGCGAUGUGGAGUCGGCCAGUAGGGGGCGCUAUAUUAGCAAUUAUAAUAAUUGCUUCCAGUGUGCCUUUGAACAAAUAACAGGCCGAGUUUAUCCAGUCAAAUCUAUUUGUAGAGUUCGGGACUAUUCUUAUAGAGUAUCCCAAUACAUUUAUAGUCAUGUCACGUCACGUUACAACAUUGACUAUAGCCUUUACUUACAUUCAUAAAUCACUUUUCAGAAUCAAUCCUCAUGCAGAUUGGGUUUCCAGCUCAACAUGCAGUUGACCUGCUACUGAGUUUCAGCCAUUGGGCCAUGGGCCUGUUGAAGUCACUGUAGGUCUAUGUCCUGCACAACGUGAUGUGAUGUAAAUGGUAGUUUGUCAGCUUGAGCUCUGCAAUAGCUGCUUGUGGCUGUACUUUAUAUUUAUUUCCCCCUAAUAGCCUAAUUGUAUGCUUGCUGGUGGCCCCUCAGAUCAAGCUCCCUGUUUGAUUGUUCCCCUAAAUGGUCCAAUGCAGAAACGAUUAAUCUUGAUAGACAGUCUACUAUGCAGAACAGAUUGUUUUAGUUAAAGUUAAUUAAGUGUGGUUUGUUAUUCACCACAAAAAUUACAGUGGUAUGUUGUCAUUCAAUGUUAUAGGUGUGUUUAAAACAAACUAUAUGUUUGUCCUGUCAAAAUAUCUAACUCCCUGGUCUAUUCCCUUUGGUUCUAUAUUGCAGUAUAUUCUAGGAUACAUUUUUGUAGGCCUACUUCGUUUUUCGAAUCUGUCAAAAUCUAUUUCUAAAUUGUAUGAGGUAAAUGUACGCGUAAUAUUUAUAUUGUGCCUUUGCGCGUUUGUCUUUUUGAGUGCGUGUCUUCAAUGGACCAGCAUACAGAAACAUAAAAAAUACUCCGAACUCCAAAAUAAAAAAUAUUUUAGGCAUUCUGUAAUAGAUCUUGAAAUGAUUAUCCAAUGAUUAUCGAAUUUAUUAUAAUUUUUGUGACAGACAAAGCCUCCUCCUAUUUGCUCAAUGUGUAACUUUCGUUCAAUUCGUAGCCGAUUUAUCAAUUAAAUGUUGAUU